GAGGGGAAAAGCUUGAUGAUGGGGAAGCUUAAUUUAGCAAAUGUGAUUAUCCUUCUUCUGAACCUGGGAGCUUUGCUCAUCCUUGCCUGUCCCGAAUGUCCACACCCAACUCCUCCGCAAUGUCCUCCUCCAAAGUAUCCACCCAAACAUCCUCCCAUUGUGAGGCCUCCGUUUCCCCCUAAACCACCAAAACAUCCUCCCCAUCCUCCAAAGCCACCCAAGCCUCCUGUCGUAAAGCCUCCAUAUGUGCCCAAACCUCCAGUUGUAAAGCCUCCGCUCAAUGCACCAAUAUCCGUCACAACCUCCUGUUGUAAAGCCCCGCCUCAUGCACCGAAGCCUCCCUAUGUACCCAAACCUCCUGUAGUAAAACCUCCACCUUACCCGAAGCCUCCCUAUGUACCCAAACCUCCGGUAGUAAAGCCUCCACCUUAUACGCCGAAGCCUCCCUAUGUACCCAAACCUCCAGUUGUAAAGCCUCCACCUUACACACCAAAACCUCCAGUUGUCAAGCCUCCACCCUAUACACCAAAACCUCCAGUUGUAAAACCUCCCUACGUGCCGGUGCCCAAGCCACCAUAUGUACCGAAGCCCCCCAUCGUGCCUGUACCUAAGCCACCUUAUGUACCCAAACCACCCGUCGUCAAACCCCCACCUUAUUAUCCAAUACCGCCAGUCAUAUCACCACCAAUUCUGCCUCCAAAGCCUCCUGUAUAUCCGAGUCCUCCUAUUGUGAAGCCACCAACGCCACCAAUUCUGCCUCCAACGCCUCCUGUCUAUCCGAGUCCUCCGAUUGUGAAGCCACCAACACCGCCAAUCCUGCCUCCAACCCCUCCUAUAUAUCCAAGUCCUCCUAUUGUGAAGCCACCUCCAAUCGAGAAACCAUGUCCUCCACCACCCCCACCCUUGCCAUAUCCACCACCGCCGGCGCAGCAAACAUGCCCCAUUGACACUCUGAAACUGGGUGCAUGUGUGGACGUGUUAGGUGGCCUAGUGCACGUUGGCAUAGGCAGCAGCGCCAAGGACACAUGUUGCCCCGUACUUCAAGGGCUGUUAGACUUGGAUGCUGCAAUUUGCCUUUGCACCACAAUAAAGGCCAAGCUUUUAAAUAUCAAUAUUAUAAUUCCAAUUGCCCUUCAGGUCCUCGUCGAUUGCGGGAAGACUCCACCUGGAGGAUUCCAAUGUCCAGCAUAAAGAAAAGGCACUUCUUAUAGGACAAAAAAGGCCAUAUGUCGAGGUUUUCGCUGUUACCUUGUUGAUGUUGAUGAUUCAUGAGCAAACUUAUUUCUAUGUGGUAGUACUAAGUGAUUCCUUGUGAUGGUUUCCGGUCAUGGAUCAGUUAGACAAAGAGAAUAACUUUUGAAAGGUUGAUGUAGAAAGUACUUAAAGAGAAUUUGUGCUUUUAAUCAGUUUUUCUGUUCUGCUUUCGGUUUGAGUGCUGAUCAUGUAAUGUUCACAAACUUGUGAAUGGUUGUUCCAAGGUAUAUUGUUAUGUAGCUAAAUUUCUCUUUA